UGCCAUUUCCACUCAAGCUCCCCGCACUCCCCGCUUGAUAGAGAAAGGCGGAGGGAAAGAGAGGGAGGCCACGCGGGCGCGCGCGGGCGCGUGAGCGAGCGAGCGAGCGAAGGGGGGGGGCGUCGAGAUUACGGAGCCUGACUGAACGGAGGCGCUCGGCUGCCAAGACUCACACACACUGCCUGCUGCUUCGGCUGCUGUUUCUACUCUGGACAAGUGAGGGAAGCAGCCCGAAGAAAAAGAAGAAGGAGAGGGCAGGCGGAGGGGGGGUGAGGGGGGGGUAAAGAAAAAGGGAGACGACAGCUCGAGCUUGAGAAAGAGAGAGAGCGAGGGAGGGAAGGAGAGAGAGAAGGAGGAAAGAAAGCCCCCAAGGCGAGCAGGAGAAAGGGACCCCCGUCCUUCUCCCUCGAGACUCUCUCAAUGGCGCAAGGAAAAGGGCUGAAGCUGAAGAAAGUGUGAGGGAAGGGAAGGAUCCUGAACUUUCAGCGCCUCAAAGCGAAUCUGGGAAGCGAGGAGGAGGAGGAGGAGGCUGUCGCCUUUUUAAGCCCUGGCCACUUAAGCCCCCGCAGGAGGUUCCAUGCACUAUUCCAAGCUUUUUCUGGUUUCCUUCUUGAGGUAACUUUUUCUUUUUGCGGGGAGAAGGACUUGUGGCUGCUGCUGCUGCUGCUGGAGGUGCCUGCGAGGUGAGCCUCGAAAGAAGACGACGAGAGAAGGAAGGACGGAGAGACGAAAAGAGAGAGAAGAAAGUUUGGGCUUUUUUGUUGUUGUUGUUGGGUGGUGUGGCUUUUUUGGGGGGGAAGACCUCUUUCUUCCGUGUCGCUUGGUUUCCUGCCGUUUCUUUGCGGAAAAGAAGAUGAUCUGGAAGAGCAGCUGCUGCGGCCGGGGGGUCCGGAGCGGAGGGGACUUGCUGUUGCUGCUCACCCUCCUGCUGGGUUUCUUGCUGCCCGCCUGCCGGACUCGCCUGUACACCAACCACUGGGCGGUGAGGAUAGCUGGCGGGAUCGAAGAAGCCAACCGGAUAGCUAGCAAGUACGGCUACAUCAAUAUAGGACAGAUUGGAGCACUGAAGGAUUACUACCACUUCUACCAUAGUAAAACAAUUAAAAGGUCAGUUCUCUCAAGUAGAGGUACUCACAGCUUCAUUUCAAUGGAACCAAAGGUGGAAUGGAUAGAACAGCAAGUUGUAAAAAUAAGGAGAAAGAGAGAUUAUAAACCUGGUGGCAUACAGUCCAUGUAUUUUAAUGAUCCCAAAUGGCAAAGUAUGUGGUACAUGCACUGCAGUGAUAAUACGAACCUCUGUCAGUCAGAUAUGAAUAUUGUAGGAGCCUGGAAGAGGGGCUACACUGGAAAGAACAUCGUGGUCACCAUUUUGGAUGAUGGAAUUGAGAGAAACCACCCAGACCUGAUGCAGAAUUAUGACCCAGAUGCCAGUUUUGAUGUCAAUGGUAAUGAUAUUGACCCCAUGCCUCGGUAUGAUGCCACCAAUGAAAACAAGCAUGGAACUCGUUGUGCUGGAGAAGUAGCAGCUACAGCAAACAACUCACACUGUGUAGUAGGAAUUGCAUUUAAUGCCAGAAUUGGAGGAGUACGGAUGCUAGAUGGUGAUGUUACAGACAUGGUAGAAGCAAAAUCACUUAGCCUCAAUCCCCAACAUAUACAUAUCUACAGUGCUAGCUGGGGUCCUGAUGAUGAUGGGAAGACAGUUGAUGGACCUGCUUCUUUAACACGUCAGGCCUUUGAGAAUGGCGUCAGAAUGGGCCGAAAUAACCUGGGUUCUAUUUAUGUUUGGGCAUCUGGAAAUGGUGGACGAAGUAAGGAUCAUUGUUCCUGUGAUGGCUACACCAACAGCAUCUACACUAUCUCCAUCAGCAGUACAGCUGAAAGUGGACGGAAACCUUGGUAUCUAGAAGAGUGUGCAUCUACACUAGCCACAACUUACAGCAGUGGAGAAGCGUAUGACAGAAAAAUAAUCACAACAGACCUAAGGCAACGCUGUACAGACAGCCACACAGGAACAUCAGCAUCUGCACCUAUGGCUGCAGGAAUUAUAGCACUGGCACUGGAAGCAAAUCGAUUACUGACAUGGAGAGAUAUACAGCAUAUCAUCGUAAAAACUUCACGGGCAGGACAUUUGAUUGCUAAUGACUGGAAAACCAAUGCUGCUGGUUACAAGGUUAGCCACUUGUAUGGCUUUGGACUGAUGGAUGCUGAAGCUAUGGUGAUGGAAGCAGAAAAGUGGACCACAGUACCUCCUCAGCAUGUGUGCGUUGAGAAUACAGAUCGGCAAAUCAAAACAAUACGACCAGAUAAUAUUCGUAAUGGAGCAGAUAAUGGUGUUCGCUCAAUAUACAAGGCUACAGGCUGUGCAGAUAAUGCCAAUCACCAUGUAAUCUAUCUGGAGCAUGUUGUUGUGCGCAUCACUAUCACACAUCCCCGGAGGGGUGACCUGGCAAUUUAUUUGACUUCACCUUCUGGAACAAGAUCUCAACUAUUGGCAAACAGGGUGUUUGACCAUUCCAUGGAAGGUUUUAAAAACUGGGAGUUCAUGACUACUCAUUGCUGGGGUGAAAAAGCAGCUGGAGACUGGAUUUUGGAAAUUUAUGAUACCCCGUCACAACUGAGAAAUGUCAAAACUCCAGGUAAAUUGAAAGAAUGGUCAUUGGUACUUUAUGGGACCUCUGUUCAGCCUUACUCACCAAGGAAUGAUUUUCCAAAAGCUGAACGAGUACGCUCAAGUCCAAUAGAAGAACCCACGGAAGAUUAUGGCGCAGAUGACUAUGCAGGUCCAUGCAAUGCAGAAUGUAGUAAAGUAGGAUGUGGUGGGCCUGGACCAGAUCAUUGCAAUGACUGUCUACACUACUACUACAAAUCAAAAAACAAUACACGAAUCUGUGUUCCCAACUGUCCACCUGGUCACUACAGUGCAGAUAAGAAACGCUGCAAAAAAUGCUCACCCAACUGUGAUACAUGCUUUGGAAGUCACAGUGAUCAGUGUAAUACCUGUAAACUUGGUUAUUAUAUCAAUGAAGAAACCCAGAGCUGUGUUAGUAGCUGCCCUGAUGGAUUUUAUCUGGAUAGUAAUAGGAUUGUCUGCCGUAAAUGCAGUGAAAACUGUAAGACAUGCACUGAAUUCCAAACCUGUACAGAAUGCAGACAUGGCCUAAGUUUACAAGGUUCCAGAUGUGUUAUUCGUUGUGAAGAAGGGAAAUAUUAUAAUGGCAGAGACUGUGAACCAUGCCACCAUUCAUGCGCUUCUUGUGCAGGCCCAGGACCUGAUGCUUGCCUAAAUUGCACGGAAGAGUACCUUAUGGAGAAUGGAAGAUGUGUGCUGGCCUGUAACAAUGGGUAUUAUUUUGACCAGUCACUAGAAAACGGAUACAAAACUUGCAAAAGAUGUGAUGCCAGCUGUUUUGGAUGUAGUGGUCCAGGAGAGAAAAACUGCACAAGUUGUCCAAAUGGCUAUAUCCUGGAUACAGGUCUCUGUGUAGUUGGUCUAGUCUGUAAAGAUGGAGAAUAUGUUGAUUCGCUCGGUCACUGUCAGUUCUGUGACGCCUCCUGUUCUAAGUGCACAGGAUCAGCUUCAACAGACUGCACUGCCUGUGCAUCCACCAGAUUUUUGGAUGAUGGGCUCUGUGUUCUUCAGUGCCCUAAAGGAAAAUAUGGAUUUCAAGGUCAGUGCUAUCCAUGCCAUCCGACCUGUAUGGAAUGCAGUGGACGUAAACCUACCCAGUGCACAGCUUGUGGGAAAGACAACAUGCUUCACAUAGGAGAAUGCCUAGAGAGUUGUCCUCUGGGCCACUAUGCUUCAGAAGAGGACAGGAUGUGCAAGCCCUGCUUUGAGCAUUGUGAAGUGUGUCUUGAUCAAACCAAGUGCGAGAGGUGUUUCGAAGGAUACUAUCUGGCUGGUAAUAUCUGCAAGAAACAUGAAUGUAAAAAAGGUGAAGUAGAGAGUCUGGACUCCGAAGAAUGUGUUCCUUGUGCAGACGGAUGCCUGUCUUGCAGCUUGGAUGACCCACGAAUCUGUACAUCAUGCCUUCAUAAUUAUUACAUGUACAAUCAGCAGUGUUAUAGAAGUUGUCCUCAGAAUACCUACAACGAUGAAAAUUCUCUCCUCUGCAUAGCGUGUCAGCCAGAUUGUAGAAGCUGUGACAAAUACGAGUGUUACUGGUGCAAAGCAGGUUUUUUCCUUCUAGACGGGAAAUGUGUGAAUGAUUGUGGAGCUGGCUUCUACAGUGAUGAGGUCACAGAAGAAUGUGAACCGUGCCACAGGACCUGCAAAACAUGUACAGGGUUCAAGUACAAUGAUUGUACUAGCUGCAGAGGAAUUUUACAGCUACUCCAUGGAAAGUGCAUGAAUCCCAAAAGAAAACAAGUAAAUGGGAAAUUCUGGAAUGCAACAACUAAUGAACUUCAGUCAUGUGAUCCUCCAUGCAAAACCUGUGAAAAAGCUGCUGAUGCAUGUACUUCAUGUCCCAAAGAGAGAUUUCUUUUUGCUGAGUCUUGUGUCCAUGUUUGCCCACGCGCAACGUUUGGCAAUGUGAGGACAAGGCAGUGUGAGAACUGUGCAGAUGACUGUGAAGAAUGCACAUCAGCCAACCAUUGCCUGAGGUGUCUGCCUGAUUCAGACAUGCCACUCUAUCUAUACAGAGGCAAAUGCUUGCAGGAAUGCCCCACGGGCUUUUUUGCCGAAGAUGGAAUCUGCAGGACGUGCAGCCAGCCUUGCAGUACUUGUGAAGGAAAUGCUACCAGAUGCCUGUCCUGCAAACACCCCUUUCUCUUAGAGGAAGGGGAAUGCAAACCUACAUGCUCAGAAGGGCACUUUGCUACUGAUGGAGUUUGUGAGCCUUGUCCCGAGAGGUGUCAGGAGUGCAUUAAUGGAGAGUCAUGCAAAGUGUGCAUUCCACCAUAUCGUCUGCUCAAUGGGAUAUGCUGGGCUGAUUGUCCAUCUGGCUAUUUCACUGACUCUGUCCGCUGCUUUCCCUGUGACCAAGACUGCAGAGAAUGUGAAGGGCCAGAUUCUGAUGAUUGCACAGAGUGUCUCUAUGUUUCCUCUGUUUUAUACAAUGGCAAAUGUUUAGAAGGCUGCCCAGAUGGCACGUACAACAAUGAAGAGACUCAAAACUGUGAAGACUGUGACAGGAGAUGCCUCACCUGUUCAUCCUUCGCUUCCUGCCUAACCUGUAGAGAAGGCUACUUAAGGACAGAUGCUGGCUUCUGCAUAAUGCCCCAGGAAUGCUCCCCCAACGAGUACUAUGAUAGAUGGGCCAAGAGGUGCAAGCCUUGUCACAGAAACUGCCUGGGUUGUACAGGGCCUGCGAAAGAACACUGUCUCCGCUGCGAAAAGCACAGGCAUCUCCUCAAUGGAACCUGCGUUGAAAUCUGUCCAAAUGGAUAUUAUGCGGAUAGUGAUGAAAACCAGUGCUAUGCCUGCCACAAGACCUGUGAAACAUGCUAUGGGAAGCACCACACACAGUGCAUCUCCUGCCCACCCACCUGGUACAAGCAAGAAAAGGAAUGUGUGCCAGCCUGUACAACUGGCUAUUACACAAAUAAUCUUACUAGAACUUGUGAGACAUGUCACAAAAGCUGCAAGGAAUGUUUUGGACCUGAAUCUACAGCCUGCCUGUCCUGUGAUGACCAUUUCUUCCUGUUGCGCUCCAAGAAUGAAUGUCACAUCUCCUGCCCAGAAUCUUACUAUGGGGACAAUGAUAAACACACCUGUGAAAGGUGCCACCCAGUGUGCCGUUCUUGCUCUGGGAAGGGGCCAUUCAGCUGUACAUCCUGUGUGUGGAGUUACAAAUUCGCUGCGGGUAUCUGCAAUUCAGCGUGCUUAAUAGGAAAAUACAGAGUCUCAGAGAACUCAACAAGAUGUGAAGAAUGCCAUGAGUCUUGUAUGCAGUGUAAAGGACCUGGACCUCUCAACUGCACUGUCUGUCAUCUUAACAUGCAACUAUAUCUAGACGAAAAUCGCUGUGUGCCCUGCUGCAAGAGUUCUGAACUUGUUCAGACUCAGGAAUGUUGUGACUGCAGUGAUAUGCCAGAUGAGUGUAUAUUACGCAUUCCUCACAUGCCAGAAGAAACAAAAGGGAAAGCUACAGCUUUGGCUGUUGCCCUAUUCAUUUUGUUGAGCCUCAUCAUCGGAGCUAUUGUUUUCAUGUGGCGACGAUCACGAGUCAAGCCCAAACCAGUUAAUCAUGGUGGAUAUGAGAAGUUGGCAGAUAAUGCAAAAGGACUCAGCUCAUUGAAAAGCAACCACUACCAGAGCACCAGCUAUCAAGAAGAUCAAGUGAUUGAAUACAAGGACCGGGAUGAAGAUGAGGACGACGACGACGAUGAUGAUAUUGUCUAUAUGGGCCAAGAUGGCACAGUGUACCGUAAAUUUAAAUAUGGUCUUCUGGAGGAUGAUGAAAUGGAUGAACUGGAGUAUGAUGAUGAAAGUUACUCCUUUAGAUAACUUGUAGUGUUUAAUCAUUUUGGUUUUGCUGCCCAGCUCACUGAAUUAGUGAAAGAUUAUAAAUGCCUUAUAAACUCAGAAUCUCACUUGAACGGAAAAGAUAAACAUUUACUACAUACCAGCCCCUUACAUAGAUUCUCCCCACCACCACCACCUUUUGGAAGGAAAAGGCCAUCAACUUAUCACUGUUAAUACACAAGUGGUGGUAAAAUACUACCUUGGUAAAUGGUGGCCUCAGAAAUUCUUCCAGCAUAGUUUAAUUUUACUUGCUUCCUCCUAUACCUUUUCAAUCAAUUAUGCUGGUGGCAGAUUGAAUGUUUUUAAUUACGAAGGAAUAUCUGAAUUUAAGAGCUGCAUUUGUCUUGGCACGAAGGAAAUAAUUACUUCUCAAAGGCUGGGCAAAAUGACAGUCUUUCUUCAACUGACAUGACUCCAUUUGUUUUACCAGUAAUCCAUGCAUUUAGUGUGGCAUACUAAUGCUACAUCGACUUUUUACAUAUGAAAGGGAUAACUGGUAACUCCAGCAACACAUCACUGAAAAAAUUAAGAAUGUGCAUUGUAAAUGGUCUGUAAUUUUAACAAUUCUAGCCUGUAUCCAUUAUUAGAGCCACUCUGGUAGGAAUGCUUGAUCAUAGGUAGAGGGGAUACCCAACGCCAUUUGUAGUACUAAAAGCUUUUGGUUCUAGCUUUCAGCAAAAUAUAUUUAUGUACAUUUAUGUUACACUAAAUAUAUCUGGCAAAAGGUCAGUUUGUACAUGAAUGUUUUGCACUUGAUAACUGGAGCCCACAAUCUGCAGUAGAGAUGUUCCCAGCAAUGAACAUAUCCAUUUAGAAUGACUGGCCUUGAUGGUAUGUUAUGCUGAGAUAUAGGUUAACAUUAUGAAACUAACCCAAAGUGAGUUUAAGGAUCCUCUGCUCCCUUGCCGUUCAGCAAAGUUAAGACUGGAAAUAUCCUCAUCCAGUUUACCUUAAAAACUAUUUAGUAUUAUUGCCAGAUGCAAAACUGUGGUUAAUCCUUAUGCACCAGGAUGGCAUAUUUUAGUCCCUCAGAAUCAUGUUUUCUUUCAGAAUGCAAGAUGAGCAUUUUGCAGCAGUAUCAUCUGAAGAGCGGUGAACAAUAUCCUUAAGGUCCAGUCUACAGUUGUAUACAGUGUGUUUCUUCAUAGACAAAAAAGCAGCCAGGUCAAAGUUCUAUCAACAAAUUUAAUGUUUUUGGUGAUUAGCAUAUUUUGCAUGGACAACAGCAUUACCAUAAUGGGUCAAAAAAAUGUCCCAGGUUGUUUUUUUUAACAAAUGUGAUGGCAAGAAGCAGAUUCCAGUUGUCAGUAGGCUGGCCCCAAGUGGAGUGAAUGCUGGAACUCUCCAUGAAUCAGGAAAGAGAAGUGGCUUACAUACAUUUAAUUUCCAGUGGUAUCACAACAUAUCCCAAAAGUGAUCCCCCCCUUUACCCUGGUGUAUGAAUUAGUCUUAACCAUGGCCAGAGUAAACAAGAUAGCUUCAUUUACAAUGAUUUUAAGUUGGCUAAUUCCCAUUGUUGUUAUUAUGCCGUCAAGUACUGUAACUUUCAAUUUAUGAACCCUAUGAAUGAACAAUCCCCAAAAUGUCUUGUCCUCAACUGCCUUGCUCAGUUCUUCCAAAUUCAAGCUUGUGGC